AUGACCUCGGCACAAGACGUUCAAUCGCUCCUCCGCUUUCUAUCGCAAGACGCCAAGAUACCUCUCGCCCAAGCCCUAUCCAAGAUCAAGGACUUACAAGCAGCGAACCUUAACACUCCAUCAGAUCUCGCCAAAUCCUCCCAUGAAACCCUCAAGACAAUCUUCGCCGAUGAAAAAGUCGCGCGUCAAGUCCUCAACGCCGCAAAACGGCAAUCCAAAAAACGGACCGCAGACGCUUCCUCAUCUGCGAUUGCGCCUGCACCAAAGAAAGCUAAACCAACAUAUGGACAACCUCUUAAUGGCGCGGAUCUCGAGGCUUCCCUCGCACUGCCUGAACCAGAGCUAGAUGAAGAGAAACUCAAGUCGGCUGCCAUAUACACGAAUCGCGCACCACUGGUUCUCGCUUUCGCAGUAACACUGCUCAAGUUCACGAUGCCCUGCCAACCCAUAUCCAGUCGUCUCAGUUUAGCGCAAGCAGUCACGUCUAUGAACAGUAAGACAAAAGCUGUGAAUAUUGGACUUGAUAAGGGCCAGCCCGCCGAAGAAGAGGGGUGGGGUGAAGGACAGCCGCUGCUGCGGAUCAUGACGAGAGAGGUUCGAGUGAUGAAGAGGUGGGGUUAUGAAUGGGAGGAUGGGGAUGGCGCGUCACAGCAAACGACCAAGUCUGAGUCGGAAGGCUCGGCAGGCGAUGAAGAGAAGGAAGAGGAGAAGGACAAGGCAAGGGAACCUGCACUCUGGGGCGUGGAUCUUGAAGCGCUGAAAAGGGCACAAACCUCCAAGAGCGGGUCGACUAAUCUGCCUAUAUAUUCCGCGCAAGGUGCUAGGUCGUAUCUAAUGAAGGCGUUCGAGACACCUGCCGCGAAUGCGGUCAAGACGGAGGAUGUCGAUGUCAAGGUAGAGGGAGAGGCAGCACCGAAGCCAAAGGGCAAGCGAACAGCUGCUACCAUAGCAGCGGAGAAGGAACAUAACCUCAGUCUUCUGCUAGGGGCGUUAGAGCUACUCUAUGGCUCAUGGGCAACAGUAUUGAGUAAAGAGGACCUGGAUAAGCGGGCUUGGGGUUGGUAUGUCCGCAUCCGACCGGAGGUUGCUCAGGGAGCUGCAGGGUGGGGUGGUAAGGGCAAUGUUAAGCUGUCUGAUGUAUUAGACUUGAGGAGGCAUCCAAGCUAG